AUGGGGCAGGUCUCCGAGGCUGAGUUCCAACUGCUCUUUGACGCCGGCGCGCUCUACGCGGCCUAUGGUCUUCAGCCGCAGCAGCUGAGCUUCAUGCUGCCAGGCUCCGCGACGGAGGAGCCACAGAUGGAUGACGCGAAAGCCCAGGGUAUCGACUACGCGGGCUACCAACAGCAAAUGUUCCAAUGGCAGCAAGCGCAAUACCAGCCUGCGGACUAUCAGCAGCUGUACCAGCAGCAGCUGCAACUUGGCUGCAACAUGGAAUAUUCAGGAUUUGCCACUGUCUAA